UUUCGAACUAGCGGUUAAUGCGCGGAUUUCAAACUCGACAUUUGAUGGCGAACCGUAAAAGGAACAGGCCAGAGGAUUGGGAGGAUUUGGAACCAUCUCCAGUUAUUCAUAUACGGGAGUUGCCAGAACAUACUCUCGAGCUGGACUUGAUUAGAGUUUUUGAACAGUUUGGCUCUAUUAGGGAUAUUGCAAUGAUUCCACAUAAAGGUCAAGCACUAAUUGAAUUUGAUGACAUCAACUCAGCAGAAAGAGCUGUUGCAAGAUGUUCAGAGAAUGCCGUGAUGUUUGCUAACCACCGAUUGAAAGUUAACUAUAGUACAUCCAAACGUGUGGUCCACCGACCUCUAGAAAAUGAUAACCAGCACUCCGAAUUGCCUCCCGAAAGCCGUGUACUUAUGUUAACGGUUUACAAUGCUCAAUAUCCUAUCACAGUCGAUGUCAUCCAUCAAAUUACAGCCAAACAUGGACGCGUUUUACGCAUUGUCAUUCUCCGUAAAACGCGAAUACAGGCUAUGGUGGAGUUUAAAAAUACAGAAGAGGCCCGGACUGCUAAGCGGCAUCUUAAUGGAGCCGACAUAUAUUCUGGCUGUUGUACACUGAAAGUCGAGUUCGCUCGUCCUACACGCUUGACUGUUACUCGUAAUGAUCAAGAUUCAUGGGAUUUUGAAAAUCCAUUAUUACUGUCUACCUCACUUAAUGAAGCUGAUGGGCGUGGAGAUAUUUCUCUAUUAGGACGUUUUGAACGUUCACGUGCUCGACACGAAAGCUCAAGGUCUGUUAAUGGUGGCAACUUUGGCUAUCAUGAUGGUUUCAUAAAGCAAAAUGCUGUCGGGCUUAGUGUCCCACCUGCUUCGUUCUUGGACCAGUUGGCUUUAAAUUACCAUGUAUCGAGGCGUGGUCUCGAUGGAUUGAAUGGUCAACCUUAUGCUAGGGCUGCAACUGCUGUCAUAAUGGUAUAUAACAUGGAUAUGGAUCAUAUGAACUGCGAUCGCUUGUUCAACCUUCUUUGUCUCUAUGGUAAUGUUGUUCGUAUUAAGUUUUUGAGGACUAAAGAAGGAUCAGCUAUGGCGCAAAUGGGCGAUAACGUUAGUGUUGAUCGUGUCAUUACUAACCUGUCAGAAGUCCCAUUGAUGGGAAAUGCAUUGUCGAUUCGUCCAAGCAAACAACAACUUAUCCUGGACGUACCGAAACCUUUUGAAUUACCAGAUGGUACCCCAUCUUUCAAAGACUAUUCAGGGUGUCGUGAAAAUAGAUAUAUAAAUCCAGACAAGGCGAGUAAGAAUAGGAUCUAUCCACCAUCACAUACUCUGCAUUACUGGAAUUGUCCUCCGAGUUAUACCCCAGAGGAACUACGCAAGUUGAUUGUUGAAUGUGGUGCUUCACCACCCCGCCAAAUUGCACCUUUCCCAAGGAUUAGUGAUAGAUCCUCUUCAGGCCUUGUAGAAUGGGGAACAAAAGAUGAAGCCGUUACUGCCCUUGCUUUGUGCAACCACCAAGCUAUUCCAAACACCGAAGGUCGUUAUCCAUUUCUUCUUAAACUGUCAUUUUCAAGCUCUCCUGUCAAUGACCGGGCAUUUUCAGGUUCAAAGAAGAUUGGCUCAUCAAAUAUUGGAAAGUCAGCAGCAUCCGUAGACUCUAGCGAGUAUGAAUAGUUAAUGGAUAGCAUAUAUGUGUAUACAAAUGUGAUACUAUCUCUGCUGAAGUGGGAAUGUGCAGAAGUAUAUGUAAUUUCAGUAUCACUUCCGUAGGUGUUUAGUUUACUGCUUUACUAUUUACAUUUUAAAAUUUUGCCUUCUAUAUUAGGUCACUUUGAUUACCUCAAGUCACUAUUAACAUGUGCGUUUUUUCCUAACACCUAAGCCAACUUUUAGCUAAUCGAAAUCAUUAGGGAUUUUGUUUAUUGCGUAAAAAAUUACCAUAUAUUCUGGAGUUUUUCACCUUGUUUGAUUUUAAUCAUUUUAGACAGUUUCCUUCCGUCUUUAUUUAUUAGUUUCUUGGUGAAUGAAUAAAAAAGAUAUCUUCUGUUUAUGUAAUGAAAGUUUUUCUAGCAUUCAAAUGAUACAUUUUGUCUUAAUAACUUCUUGAAAUUUGUUAGUUUUUUCUGAUUUUAUCUUCAUUGUAUUCAGUUUACAGAGCACGUAGAACUAAAAACACUUCACUUAUUUGUUCUUUAGCAUGACAGAUAUGUGCAUAAUAUAUUUUCAGUAAUUGUAUAUAAUUACAUAAUUUCAUGUACAUGUGAUGAAAAUCAUCCUGUAGUGAUCAAUACAACUGUAUUUCAUUGUCUUUAUGGACACAUAAACC